CACUUCUCCAAUGUGGUGGUUCACGAGCACCCCGGCUGCCAUGGCAAUUGGCAUCGCCCUCUGCCUCUUCGCCUUUUUCACUCGACACACUUUCGCCCAGAAACAGCAGCAGCAGCAGCAGGAUAAGUACUUGACCUUCAGGGAGAGCGGCCUCGCCUACAUCCACCCAAGGGAACACGCACAGUGAGCGCCAAACAGAAGAACCGCAAGAGAUACUCACACUCACCCCGGCGUUUGCAACUGAUGCGAUGUGGCCUUUGUGUGUGCAGAUAUGUGUCGCCCUUCACGACCAUCGCCCUCCGCCACGGAGAGGUGCUGCUGUCUGAUGGCCUGGAGAGCAAGGUCAAGGUGUCGGCCCGCGACGAGGGGCAAACGGUGCUGUCCUCCGACCAGCGCACCCUCAUCUAUAAGCCCGCCACACCCAACAAGCCGCUGCCGCGUGGAGAGCGGGUCACCGUGCUUGUAAAGCCCGGCAUCAAGACAGUCAAUGGCACCGUGCUGCCAGGUAGAUGGACAGGGAGUCCGGCAGGGGGGAAGGGAACGGGGCAACACGCCAGGCUGGUGCUGUCACUCACUGUGUUGGGCACGUGUGCGUGUGUGUGCGAAUGCAGGCGUUAAGUGGUCAUUCAUUGUGUCGGACCAUCAUGGUGGCUAUCCCGGUGCACGCUUAUACGCGGGCAACGACUGGGCUCCGAUCGAGCCGAAGGCACUCAUGAACCAGCCUAUACCCCUCAACACUCACGCGUCAGUCCUCAGUUUUGACCGCCAAGGCCCGCCCCCCAAAUUGCCCUUCCCACCUGCCAUGGCUGACAUGGAGGAGGGGUGGUACCCUUACACGAAUACACAUACACAUACACAUCCAUUCCCCACACACUCACCCCACCCCCUAUCUGUGUCUGUCCCUAUGCGUGCGUCUGUGCCGUGUGUGUACGUCAGGUACGAGGCGCCCUUUAACCACUACAAGACCAUCCCCGACCAUCUGCCGCGGAUGCGGGUGCGGGGGAAGCCCAAGUAUGAUCAGCUUGCCCCGGGCUACUUCUUCAUGUCAAACAUGUGAGACGGCACAACGGGCGGACAGACAGGGAAACAGCUUUCUUCAUGAUCUGGCAAGGGUGUGUGUGAUGAUCGUGGUGGAUGUUGCAGCAUUUUCGACACGGAACCCUUUGGCCACGUGUGGCACCCAGCAGUGAUGGUUGUGGACAACCAUGGUGACCUUGUCUAUUACGAUGCCAGGGGUGAAUGGAAGAAUCAGACUCGAGGGGAGGCGCCGGGCAUCAUUGAGAUAUCGCCGAUGGGCCGGCUGCUCGUGAAAGAGAACGAGGCAAUCACUGAAAAGGACAAUGACCUCAAUUUCGUCAGACGACACCAUCCCGAGCACGGUGGGACAGACAGCUUACCUAAGCCGUGCCAUUUUCCUCUUUGUCCCCUUUGUCAGGCUACCAGUUGAAUGCACACGACAUGCGAAUGGACGCAAAGGGGAACCGGCUCUUCACAAUCGCGUAACAGAAACAGAGACGAUGCUCACGUACACAGCACUCUUCCUUUCAACAUGAUGUGGUAUGUUAUGUCGCAGCGACCCGCAGCCCAUCAAUGUGAAGGGCAUGUGGGAGGGCGCCCCAGACACCGCAGUCAAAAUCGUGGGUGCGGUCGUCCAGGAGGUCGACCAUCAGAACAACGUUGUCAUGGAAUUUCGCUCGUGGGACCACUUCGAGCUGCCCUGGCUCAUCAAGCAGUCUGCCAUCGAGUUCAACGCUACGAGCCCGAUAUGGGACCUGAUUCAUCAGUAAGUGCUUCGAACCAGCCAGGCAACACACAUACUCGUCGUACAUUCCCUCAUAUCCAUCUCGCGUGUUCCACGCGUGCGUCAUUAUUGUGCGUUCGAAGAAACUCAGUAGAUUUCACGGACGACGACAGCAUCGUCAUCAGCUGGAGGGGGACCAGCAGUGUGCUGAAGGUCGACAGGGAGACCGGCGAUGUUGUGUGGCGGCUGGGGGGCACCCAGGCCUUCAACCAGUUCAAGCUUACCCAAGACGCCGCUCCCAAGGGCGGUAAGUUAGUCGCGUGGAAAUCAGAGAUUGUGUCUGUUUCUAAUCCAUGUGUGCCUGCGCCAUGAUGGAUGCAGAAUCCAAGAUGCCAUCGUUCAUCGGGCAGCAUGACGCAUCGCUCAAGGGCAACAGGCUGACCGUCUUCGAUAAUGCAUUCCUCGACCGUUACGUACCCGGGUGUGUUGGUGGUGUUGCCAGCUUUGAGACAACGUUCUCGUCACGGGCACUUGAAUACAAUCUCGAUCAGCACUCAAUGGUGGCCAAGAGGAUCUUCUCCUACAGCGGCCCCAGACGUGCAGAUGGCAGCCUCAAGUACCGCUAUGUCUCGCGGUGCCAUGGGAGCUUUCAGAAGACCGACAAGGGCACCGGGGUCAUCGGCUGGGGGGGGAUGCACAUCACCGGCCACCUGCCUGUUGUCGAGGAGGUCUCUGUCGACGGCGAGCUGCUGCUAUCGUUCGACUGGAUGAGCGGCGCCAACUCGUACAGGGCGAGGAAAUACGGGUGGCGGAACGUCACACCGCACUGGCGCCCGACGCUGCUGCUCAUCGACCAGGUGCUCUACUACAGCUGGAACGGCUCCACCGACGUGGCUGCGUGGCGCAUCGAGGCGGCAGAGGGGCCCGGCAAGCCAUUCACCCGAGUGACGAAACACAAGCGGACCAGAUUCGAGCACUCGGUCGCUCUGACCAAGACGGCCUUGACGCCUGGCGGCCGUUGCAUGGUGUACCGGGCGAUUGCCAUGGGGAAGGACGGCAAGCAGCUCGGGGCGAGCGAUGGUGUGCACACAGCCGAGUGCGGUGACACCGGUGGCAAGAAGGGCACCGUGCGAGCCUAAGGGAAGGGGUCUCUGUCUCGGUAGCGUUUGUCAAUGUGUGCAAGAUCAGGUUGUUGUGGGUGCCUCAUGUGCUGCAUGUGUGUGUGUGUG